UUGAUUUUCCUGACGGCUUGUAAGAAUAGCAUAUUAAUGACCUCGCACAAGGUUAAUAUCCAUGUUCCAGCCGUAUAAAUAACCGGCUAAUGUUUGGAACCUGCCCACAAAUUUUCCAAUAACCAAUACGACAAGAGUUUGGAAACAAUCUAGCUCUUGAUAAUGGCAUUUAGGACAGUGGCGUUUGUUUUCUGUACACUGCAGUUGUUCGGCGAAAUUACCGGUCGUACAUUACCUUCAUUUAUCAAACCGUGUAAAAGGAAUGAUCCCAACCUCAACGAAUGUCUAGGAAACAUAUUGGAGUCCCUCCGGCCGUUUGCGGCAAAAGGCAUACCAGAAAUGCACGUACCUCCGUUAGAUCCGAUAUCGGUGCCAGUGAUAUCUCUGAAUCAAGGCACGAAUUCUGUAAAUUUCAAAGCCUUAUUUACUCAUCUAAAGGGUUUCGGAGCAAAAAACUUUGAACUGAAAAAUAUCAAAAUUGAUAUCGAAAACCAUUUGUUUGAAAUUGAACUACAUUUCCCCGAGUACAAGAUAGAAUCAAAAUAUGAUAUCACCGGCAAAAUUCUUAUGUUGCCCAUUAAAGGAAAUGGCAAAUUUUCUGGAAAUUUCACAAACAUUAAUGCAGAUGUCAAAGUAAUUUUGCAAACCGAAAAAAAGAAAAAUGGUAAAAAUCACUUUGAGUUUAAAGACAAAAACGUGGACUUAAAAAUAGGUUCUGCGCAUAUGCAUUUCAGCAAUUUGUUCAACGGAAAUAAAGAAAUGAGUGACACAGCAAAUCGCUUCAUAAACGAGCAUUGGAGGAGUCUGAUGCAAGAGACUAGGCCUCUGUUUGAAGAUACCGUAGGAGCAAUGUUGGUAAACAUUUUUAAGCCAGUAUUCGAUAUGUACUCUGUGGAAGAAUUGCUUCCAGUUUAGAUUAGCGAGAGGACCAAAAAAAAGUCACAAUUAAGUUGUUUUUAUGAA